AUGAACCACCAUUCUCCCACCUCGUCCUCGGGGCCUGAAGACGCCGCCGAAAACACCGCCGACGAAGAAGAUUCCGAAGACUACUGCAAGGGUGGAUACCAUCCCGUUCAGAUUGGCGAGAAGUUCAAGGACGGACGAUACACGGUGGUGCGCAAACUGGGCUGGGGCCAUUUCUCGACCGUCUGGUUGUCGCGGGACAACGUCAACGACAAGCACGUCGCCCUCAAGGUGGUACGAUCCGCUAGUCACUACACCGAAACCGCCAUCGACGAAAUCAAGCUCCUUCAGAAGAUCGUUCAGGCGAACCCGAACCACCCCGGCCGGAAGUACGUCGUCAGCCUGCUCGACUCUUUCGAACACAAGGGACCCAAUGGCGUACACGUCUGCAUGGUGUUUGAGGUGCUGGGGGAGAACCUGCUUGGUCUCAUCAAGAAAUGGCAACACCGAGGCAUUCCCCGCGAUCUCGUCAUGCAAAUAACGAAGCAGGUCUUGAUGGGCUUGGACUACCUGCACCGAGAAUGCGGCAUCAUCCAUACCGACUUGAAGCCCGAAAACGUUCUCAUAGAGAUUGGUGAUGUGGAGCAGGUGGUCAAGAAGGUGGUCAAGACGGAGGGCUCAGACAAGGAGAAGGAGAACCACAGGAAUGGGCGUCGUAGACGGCGCACUCUCAUCACGGGCAGCCAGCCCCUACCCUCACCGCUCAAUGCUUCUUUUAACCGCGACAAUCUGUUCCCGUCGCCGAACUCACACACCAGCCUCAAUGCCAUGUUGAACGAUCGUAAGUCGAUGCCGCCCCGCGCCGCCUCGCGCCUCCCACCCCUGCAUGCCCCUAGCGAAAAACAAGAGCAGAGAGAGAAGACGGCCGAUAUCCUUACGAAAGAAGUAUCCGGCAUCUCCCUCGACAAGUCUGCAGCGGGCAGAAGCCCCAGUAGUGAUAAGAAGAGAAAGCGAAAAGGACCCAUCAUCAACGUCAAAAUUGCAGACUUGGGCAAUGCCUGCUGGGUCUCGCACCACUUCACAAACGACAUCCAGACGAGGCAAUAUCGAUCGCCCGAGGUUAUACUUGGUGGAAAAUGGGGAGCCAGCACAGAUGUGUGGAGUAUGGCAGCAAUGGUCUUCGAGCUCAUCACGGGAGAUUAUUUGUUCGACCCGCAAUCCGGAACGAAGUACGGCAAGGACGACGACCAUAUAGCACAGAUCAUCGAGCUACUUGGCCCUUUCCCCAAGGAUCUGUGGAAGCAGGGUCGCUGGUCUCAGGAGAUCUUCAAUAAGAGAGGCGAGCUCCGCAACAUACACCGACUGCGCCACUGGGCCUUGCCCGACGUCCUUCGCGAGAAGUACCACUUUAAGGACUUAAAAGAACUGACGCCAAAGGAGCGCGAGGAGCGGGACGACGAUGAGGAGCCGAAGCUGGAGUAUCAGCCAAGCGACGUUGCCGACUUCCUGACGCCCAUGUUGGAGUUGAUACCCGAGAGGAGGGCCAAUGCCGGCGGCAUGGCAAACCAUCCGUGGCUGAACGACACCCCAGGUAUGGAGGAUAUCAAACUCGAGGGGCUGGUACCAGGCGGUCGGGGUGAUGGCAUCGAAGGUUGGGCAACCGAAAUCAAGAAGCAGCGGUAG